AUGAUCAGCUCGCUGUCCGCUUCCAAUAUCGACGAUGCAAUCGACGCCAUCGAUUUGGCAACCGAGAAGACCUGGGACAAGGCAGCGAUGGGUUCAAAGGCAGCUCAGAUCGAUUCACACCCUGAGAGGAGAUUUAAGGCAGCUUUUGAGGCUUACAAGGAGCGGGAAACCCCGAACGUCAAGAAGGAGCAUCCCGGGUUGCGGAAGACGCAAGUCGACGACAUUCUGUACAAGCAAUUUCAGAAAGCGCCGGAAAACCCAUUCAACCAACUCACUGUCGCAUACGACGCUGGUAAAACCGAGAAGAUGGCAGCAUUGCAAGCUACGCGUGAGGAGACAGCAAAGCGGCUCGGUUCGUAA